AGGCGAAUAAUCGCCAUUCAACUCCAUAAAAAUAAAUAUCGAAAUCGGUCACCAUUCGAUGUGCUGCAUUCUCUGGAGAAGGACGCUUGUGUACAGAAAAUCUAUCGGUGAGAUAAGCUUACAGCUAAUCUAUUUAUCGAGUGAUAAAAUUCCGGUCCCAUCGAUAAGUAAGCUCUCAAGGUGGGAGUCACAAAGUUUGAAACGAUGUUCGAAUUGGAUCUGCUGACGGCGGCUGCCAUCGGUGCCAUCAUUUUGCUGCUCUACCACUACGUAGCGAAACAGUAUGAGUACUUCCUGACGAAACCGGUACCAUGCAUCAAGCCAACGUUCGGAUUCGGUAGCACCGCUCCGUUGAUGUUCCGUAAUGUGGAUGUGGGUGCGUUCAUCAGCAAGCUCUAUUACGCCUUUCCGGAUUUUAAGAUUACCGGAUUCUACGACCUUAUGAAGCCGGUUUAUCUGGUGCGUGAUCUGGAGGUGAUCAAGAAGAUCACUGUGAAAGAUUUCGACUACUUUACAGACCAUACACCAAACAUAAGUCUCAAGAACGAGGAGGACGGGGACGACGGAACCGACGGGGAUGACGGAGGGCGUUUGUUUGCAAACUCUCUGUUUGCGCUGCGCGGCCAGAAGUGGAGAGAUAUGCGGGCGACGCUGAGUCCGGCCUUUACUGGGAGCAAGAUGAGACACAUGUUCGGGCUGGUGGCUGAAUGUGGCCAAUCGAUGGUGGAAUUCUUCACUUCAGAGACAAAAGCUGGAAGAACGUUGGAGUACGAGAUGAAGGAUGUGUUUUCGCGGUUUGGAAACGAUGUUAUCGCUUCGGUGGCGUUCGGAAUUAAGGUUGAUUCACUGCGCGAGCGCGAGAAUGAGUUCUUCAUGAACGGCAAACAAAUGCUGAAUUUCCAAUCGUUUAUGGUGAUAGUGAAAUUUCUUCUGCUUAGAUCCAUGCCACGGCUAGCGCAAAAGUUGAAAAUAGAUUUUGUGGAUGGAAAAGCUACAAAAUAUUUUAUGAGCGUGAUCAAGGAUAACAUGAAACAGCGGGGAGCGCACGGGAUCGUGCGAAACGAUAUGAUCCAAAUGUUAAUAGAAGCUCGAGAAGGUGCACUUAAACAUCAGAAAGAUGAACAGCAGACGAAAGACGCCGGAUUUGCGACGGUGGAGGAAUCGAACAUAGGGAAACUGACGCACUCGAGAGAGUGGACCGAUAACGAACUUAUAGCCCAAUGUUUCCUCUUUUUCCUGGCAGGUUUCGAUACCUUGUCAAGCUGCUUGUCCUUUUUGACCUAUGAAUUGGCGCUUAACCCGGAUAUUCAGAAGCGUCUGUACGAGGAAGUGCUGCAAAUCGACCAAUCGCUGAACGGUAAACCACUUACCUACGAUUCGCUGCAAAAAAUGCAAUACAUGGAUAUGGUCGUAUCGGAAUCCCUUCGCAAGUGGCCUCCAUCCAUUGUUUCCGACCGGUACUGCGGCAAAGAUUAUCAUUACUCAGAUGGCGCCGACGCACGUUUUGUCAUCGAGAAAGGUCUUACGCUGUGGAUUCCAACGCUGGCGAUCCACCGGGAUCCCAAGCACUAUCACAAUCCCGACCAGUUCGAUCCGGAACGCUUCAGCGAAGAGAACCGAUCGAGUAUCAACACCGGCGCCUAUAUUCCGUUUGGUGUGGGCCCACGAAACUGCAUCGGAUCGCGACUGGCACUGAUGGAGGUCAAAUCUAUUAUCUACUAUUUGCUGAAGGACUUCAGCAUGGAACCAACCGAGAAGACCCAGAUUCCGCUGCAACUGUCGAAGAAGGGAGGAUUCUCUUUGCUUUCUGAAAAGGGCAUUUGGUUGGAGCUGAAACCGAGAAAAUGAAGCGUUUGGAGGCAUAUUGUCUCGACGAAUUGUAAAUUCUAUAAAACGUCUUAGUUGGUAUAUGUAUUUUGCUAAAUUUGUGAUCGUUCUUAAUUCGGCGUGAAAUUCAUUUCAAUUCUUUUGUUCGAAAUUUUCAGUAUGUCAGUGCGUUGUCAAAACUUGUUUGUGCUGGGAAAAAACAUUUUUAUACAACGGAUUUAUAGUAUAGUAUUAGGGUAAAUGAUCUUGGUUUGUCCAGUCGAAAAUAUGAUAAUGGUUUGCCCACUUUUUUGAAUGCUCUAAUUCAGCGCUCCUGUGUCAAAUAAGGCCUUCGAAUGUUUCGAAACAUAUAAAUGAAAUUGCCUUUUACAUGAUUUAUAGUAGUUUGAUAGUAUAUUUUUACGAAAUCACAUGUUUUAAAGGAUUAUAAAAUACACCUUCUAUUUGUGUCAAUGCGCCCCUCAUUCGAGCUAAUUUUUAAUCGAUCACCAGAUGAUUAUUUGGCACGUAUUCAGACCUUUUCUGGAUUACAACACUUAUAAAUAUUGUAAACAUCAUGCUUGCUCACCAUUUGUAUCGGAUUUACAUAGCUAAACCAUUAAAUUAACGCAUUUUGAUGAACUCAAUUCUGAUCAUGAGUUGUCCAAUUCAAUAAUGUUGUUUUGUCCACAUGAUUUCUAUGGCAACCGCUUGGCGCGCCGCAGUUUGUUUAUGUUUGUUUAUGGUGUGCUUCGCGCAUAGCAGAAGUAUGGUUUUUCUGUGUUGAUUGUGUUGAGGUGAACACUUCUAAAAUGCCCAAGAAAAGGCAAUAUUCUGAAGAAAGCCUAAAUUAUGAAUGAAUCAGUAUGAUGACAGUAAACUCAAGCAAUGCUAAAUGCAACAUCUAAUUGUGAAUUCGAAUGUUUUCAUUCAAAAAUGGAGAUUUCUAAAAACGGACAAACCAUGAUCAUUUUUUUGGGCAAACCAUGAUCAGAGGUGGUCAAACCAUGAUCAUAAUUCUUCUUUAAGGAAAAUCGUUAAAAAACAUAAAAAUUUGAAUAAUUUUAACACCUUAUGGUAGUAUUAGCAACUAGAGACUUGGGGCUUUUCAACAAACCCAAACUCGUAUCGAUUAUGUGUGAUUUUCAUGAAGAAAAAUCGAUUUGCAUUUACUAGUUGCGUAAAAACACCCCAAAUUGGACAAACCAAGAUCAUUUACCCUAUAUUUAAUUUUAUACUACUUUAUAUUUUUUACAAACAUGAUUUAAUUUAUUCCAUGAGCUGAAAAUAUAUGCUCGAACGACAAACAUAUCAGAACACUCAUGUAGGUAUAUGUCGUAGAGAAUAUCAGCCAUCGUUCGUAGAAUAUUCGAUUGAUAAUUCUAUAUAAUGUAUAGAUGUCAUGUAUAAAAUAGCGAACAACAGCUGUAUUUAUUUGUUACAAAAUAUGAAUCCCUAUGUCCAAACUAUUGAAAAAAAAAGUCACAGGAAGGUUGUGUCCGAAACACGACCGUAUGGUUGACGUAGGAUUCCGUUAGGCUAUCUGUUGAUUUUGAAUAUUUUUGAAGAAUUACAUCGUUAAACUCUUUAAUAAUGAUUUGGUGGCUCUGAAAAGGGCCGUUUUGUUUGAUUGUUGGGUAUUGUUUGUUCAAUCCACCAGUGUUUACCGAGUUAUGAUGACAGAAGGAUGGUUGGAUGGUGCGUAUCAGAUGAAAAAAAAACCGAAGUAGAACGAGAUAUGAUGAAAACCGCCCUAUGUGAUCCUAGACGAGAUGCCUCCUGUAUUAUGUAUGGAUGAACUGAAGAAAAAAACUCACAAAUGUAAUAUAAAAUAAUUACCAAUACCGACCACAAUUAUCACUUUUUCUCAUCAGUAAAAAUAUGUUACUUUAAUAUAGAGAAAACAUAUUUGAAAUGGAAAAGGUAAUUUUCAUUUAUAAUUUUUAAUUUCUGAGUGUUUAUUUGACCCAAUGAGAAUUUUAAUUGUCACUUUUCCUAAUA